CAGUGAUGCUUGAUAUGCAGACCAAAUAUGGCAUUUACAUGUCAUACAAAAGGGCAUGGAUUGCCAAAGAAUUGGAAAUGGAACUGGCUAUGGGAUCUGAAAGAGAUUCAUAUGCAUGGUUACCUUCAAUGUGUCAUGUGCUUCAAAGGAGUAACCCAGGUUCUAUUGUUUCUUAUUCGUGCAAAGAAAAUGGUGAAUUUAAUAGUUUUUUCAUGUGCCUUUCUGCAUGGAGGGAAUGUUGGAUUCAUUUCAUUCCGGUUAUAGUUGUGGAUGGAUCUUUUUUGAAGUCGUAUUAUAAGGGUACAGUACUCACUACAUGUACACAAGAUGCAAACAAACAAAUAUUUCCACUGGCAUUUGGUAUUUGUAGUGGAGAAAAUACUGAAAAUUGGUCAUGCAUGGUCCUUCCGCAAGUUGAAGCAUUCGCUAAUGCAUAGGGAUGAUCCAUAUAUUGUUUCUGAUCGGCACGAGGACAUUAUUAGUUCUGUGUGUUCUGUAUUUCCUCUUGUGGAGCAUGGUUACUGUGUUUACCACAUAUUGGCUAAUUUGAAAACUAGAUUUCGUGGCUCUCAAAAAACUGUGUCAUGGAAGUUUUUGCAGGUUGCUCGUGUUGGAUCUGUGUAUGAGUGUGAAGAGUACCUUCAAAUGCUUGACAUUGAGGAUCCACGCAUUUGUACGUAUUUAGAGCAGCUGGGCCAUGACAAAUGGUCUCGUCUUAUGCUAGUCGAAAUCGGUACUUGGUCAUGAUGUCAAACAAUGCGGAGUCAUUAAAUGCAGUUAACGCCAGUGCCCGAGAAUACCCAAUAGGUCAAACUAUCAUGUGCUUUUGAGUUUGAGGUGUUUGAUAAGAGAUCCCGCUCUUAUGUUGUCAACUUGAAGGAGCACAUGUGCACUUGUCGAGAAUUUCAGCUUAAUGGGUUUUUAUGUGUACAUUCCAUUGCAGCUAUUCGCUCCCGCCCAAGACUUUCUUGCUAUGAUUACGAUUACAUUUCAGAAUUCUAUACAGCACAUCAUUGGGCACAAAUAUAUUGCGGUAUUAUUCAUCCUAUUGGGAGUCUGGAUACUUGGAUGGUACCUUCACAUGUUAAGCAACUCACUUGCUGCCCCCCCCCCCAUCAUGUAAAUCACGACCUCCUGGAAGCCCGAAAAAAAGAAGAAUUCCUUCUACAAGAGAACAUGUUCGGAGACAAACAUGCACUCGUUGUCUCAUGGUUGGACAUAAUAGAAAGACUUGUAGAAAUCCUAUUCCGCUACACAUGCGUUAAAAAGUGUUUUUAUUUGCCGUUUUCAUUUUAAUAUUGUUGCGAAUACAGUUAGCAGACACUUGUUAGGUUUCUGAACAUUUCCAUACAUUUGUCGUACUUUUACAUUGCCGUAAAAAUUUUGCUAUUGAAUGGCACUUCGUUAU